AUGUCAACAUUAUUUUUUAAUUUUGGCAACAAAAAUCGUUGGUUUUGUUGCAAAUUGUGUGUAUUUGUUUUAUUUUUUUAUAUUGUUACUCUCCACAUUUUGCUUUUAAUUUAUCGUAGGGAUUUAGAAUGGAUGCCUCCUAGACCAGAUGAUUUAAGGUUGAAAUUUAUUUUAAUCCUAGGGGAAAUUCCUUUUUAG